UUACAUGACAACAACAACAAAUUACAAAAACCAUGUCUUCUUUGUUAAAUCACCUUUUAUUUCUCACCACACUAAUCAUUGCUCUAUCCAUCUCUUCUCAAGCCAUUGUCCCUCCUUCUAGAACAUUCAAGUACGUAAACCAAGGCCCGUUGGGCGAAUACAGCGUCGAGUACUCGGCCGACUACCGUUUCUUGGAAAUCGGUACUUUCCCGUUCAACCUUUGCUUCUACAACACCACUCCCGAUGCCUUCAUACUCGGGCUCCGGAUGGGCCACCGUAGAUCCGAAUCCGCCAUGAGAUGGGUUUGGGAUGCGAACCGGGGUAGCCCGGUCCGCGAAAACGCGACCAUAAGCCUCGGCUCGGACGGAAACUUUGUCCUAGCCGAAGCCAAUGGUACGAUCGUGUGGCAGACAAACACCGCCAACAAGGGGGUGGUAGGUCUGGACACGCUUCCCAACGGUAACAUAGUACUCUACGACAGCACUGGGAGAUAUGUCUGGCAGAGUUUUGACCACCCAACUGACACGCUCCUGGUGGGCCAGUUUUUAAGAGCAACAGGCGGGCCCACCAGACUCGUGAGCAGAUUGUCUGAGGCAGAGCCUCUUAAUGGGCCAUAUAGCUUUGUCAUGGAGCAAAGGCAUUGGGCUAUGUACUACCAAACAAAGAACACACAAAAGCCCAUGAUGUACUACAAGUCGAGUGAAUUUGGUAACGGCAAGGGGGCUUUGGCCUUCCUUGGUUUCUACAGCGCACCCGAAAACGAUGGGAAUUACGCGUUCGAGCUGGGAUUCGUUUAUAACAUGAGCAAAUCGGACAGCUCCGGAACAUCUAUAUUGUCCCGACCUAAAUACAACACCACGUACUCGAUGCUGAGGGUUGAUGCGGACGGUAAUUUAAGAAUUUACACAUACGACGAGAACGUCGACUGGGGUGCAUGGGAGGUGACGUACGUGCUACUUGACAGGAGUGAGGAUGCUUACGCGCAUGCAAGCGAGUGCAAAUUGCCUAAAAGGUGUGGAUCACUAGGAGUUUGCGAAGAUUUUCAAUGCGUGGCUUGUCCGACGCCGAAAGGGUUGUUGGGGUGGAGCAAGGGCUGUGCGCCGCCAACGUUGCCGCCGUGUAACGGUGGAGCAAAUGUGGAUUACUACAAGGUGGAUGGGGUGGAACAUUUCACUAGUGAGUAUAAUGAAGGGAGUGGGCCGGUGAGUUUGGCCCAAUGUAAAGAUAAGUGUAGUAAAGAUUGCAAGUGUUUGGGCUUGUUUUAUAGGGCUGAGUCUUCCAAGUGUUUGGUGGUGCCUGAGCUUGGUGGUUUGGUUAAAGUGGCGAAUGCUUCUCACGUGGGGUAUAUCAAGAUUUCUAAGUAGAUUUUUUUUUUUUUUUCUUAAUUUGGUUUUGUUUGAAUACUGUGAUUGAUUUGUUGUUGAUUGUGACCGGAAGUAAAUGGUCAGUUUAUUUAUUAUAUUUGUUUUUUUAGCACCAUUUUCAUGUUAUAAUAAAAAAAUAAAUUAUUGCAGUGUGGACAGUUUCUUGUUUUACUUUGUUGCUAAUUUGUAUUAGGAGAUUUCACACACCAAAGGUUAG